UGCAAUCGGAUUGGUAUGAUCAUGUCACAUCCUGAAGUGCACUUUUCCAAAACUAGAUACCAGAAAAGUUAUGGAACUACAACCCCGCUAUACGCUGCCGCAGCCAAGUUAGCUGAAGACAAUUCAUAGCAUCGCCGCCGCGACGGGAAGGUGUUGCUGUUAUAAGUCAAGUCUAAUCCGAUCGUAACGGAAGCACGACGCAUCAGCAUGGCGCCUCCCGAUCAGAGCACGAACCCUCCGCCCAGCUGCCUGCCCAGCGAUGCCUUUUCGCAUUUCCAACAGCGUGAGGCGCAGUUGUUGCAGUACAAUGAGGAGCUGGAGCGUGAGAAGAAUCGGGCCAUUUCCAAAGCGCAGGAGGCGAUGCGAGACGUGGAAAAUUUGGAUUUCAAGAACUACCAGCCAUCUUUUCUCAAGAGUAAAGCCAUGCAACCCCUGAUCGAUGCGACCAGUGGGGAUUACCACCUAACAGAUCCUGGUAUGUGGUUAUGCUUCGAUAGCACAGAGACAGAUUCAUGAUUUAGUGUUUGCUCGCGUGCGGAAAAGAAACCUGCAGUAUUGGCACAUUCCUUCGGCCUUUUACGGGACUCGAGCCACUCUUUUCUGACUGCUUGGUCGUCCAAGGUCGAAGUUACUUAUCUUGUUCGGGCGUUGGGUCCCAGAAAAGCUUUCUGUUGACGUGAAAAAAUUUAAUACAGCUCUUUCGCAUGCACGUAACGCCGAGGCCGAGCCUGCUCCUGUGCCACUUCAAACCGUUAAGGAACCUCCACCACCGGCCGUCGCGGAUUUGCAACCGGCAAUCGCAACCAAAACCAAGCUCGUGCACCCCAUGGCUUCCGCAAACGAAGUCGAAACACUCCAAAGUACUUAACACAAAUAUUGCCUGGCACACAAGCAAAUGUUGGCCACAUCAUGAUUAUUCAACCGCAGGGAUGAAACAAGGUUCUCUUGCAACUGGUAUUAUGUGCUUUCGAAAUCUGUACUGUAAACUUACUGACACUAGCAGGCAGCGAUGCUUCCCACGUCGACCACAUCGAAUGAUGGUCGAAGGAAUGCUAUGUAGUAGGUUUGUUUUUUUUCGAAAAAUUCCAGAUACCAUUCGCUUCCAGAAGGCACGAAUUAUCGCUCUCCAAGAGGAACUCGACAAGGGGAUUAAGCAGCUUACGCAGCGCGAUGGGGACAAUAACCAGCUGCGGGCAGACAACAAAGCUCUCACCGAAGAGAACAAAAGACUAUCGAGACAACACGUAAUCGCGGAGGGGCACCAAGACAAACUCAAGAAGACAGUGGCUUUGCUCGAACAAAAAAUUCGCGACUUUGAGAAGGACCUCGGCGAUGUAAAAAGAUAGUCUUGAUGAUUCUAGCGGGUUCUUCACGUGCGUGCGUAAACAGAGGUGUCGGGGUCUUUUCCUUUCUUUCUCACGCCAUUCGCGCGAGUCAUCUAUAAAUACCCAGCAGUUUCUCUUCCAUUCACGACUUUUCUCCUUACGAAAACGAAUACAAUAAAUCACACCUUCAGGCCCGAAAAGAAAAUGACCAGCUGAGUCUGCAAUCGCGGAAACAAGAGCAAGAUAUCAACAGCAAGGAAGCGCGCGUAAAUCGCCUGCUGGAGGACUGCGAGCGAUACCGCACCAGUUUACGCGAACUCCGCAGCCAAGACCAAGACAAAACAAAAUCUGACCGCUAUCAGUGUGAAAAUUGUCCCAGCUACCAACGUGAUUUCGCAACUGCGACGAAAGAACCUCUGAGGUUGGUUUUCGGGCAUUCAAUUUCAGUGUCACUUUGUUGCUUUUCCUACACGACCGCCGAAGGCGUCGUGGCGCAUCAUUGAUGAAGAAACAUGAUGUCAUGAUUGAUGCGUUAUGGCUUGGGCAAUUUUCGUGUGAAUCACGGCAAAGAACUGGAUCGGCUGUUGGCGGAGAAUCGCAAGAUCGAGCGGCAACGAAACGAACUGGUGGCAGCCUUUAAAAAGCAGAUGAAGCUUAUUGACAUCUUGAAAAAGCAAAGGACGCACCUCGAAGCUGCAAGGGUGCUUUCUUUUACCGAGGACGAAUUUGUGCGUAUCCUAGAUCUCGGGGACAAACUCGGCUCGGCAUAAUUCGGAACCAGCGCUACCACCUUCAAAGGAAGAUAGAGAAUCGCUCAAGUCACAGUGACAUAUCGAAUAGUGAAUCACGCAGCUCUCAAGGUU